AUGGGUCUUAAUCAUCGUAAAAAAAGCCCUAUCCCAUCGGCCAAACCAGUCCAAAAUAACCAAAUAAACAUUGACGAUGAUUCUAAAAAUAAAUAUAUAAAGAAAAAAAGCAGUUAUGAUUAUUUAGCCACCAAGUAUUUGUUGCAAUCACCACCUGAUUCUCAAUCGACCUAUAACCUCUAUUGUGGCAUUGUCACCUUAAUUGCCUUUAUUGCAAGAUUUUACCUGAUUAAUUAUCCCAAAGAAGUUGUCUUUGAUGAAGUUCAUUUUGGUAAAUUUGCUUCCUACUAUUUGGAAAGAACUUAUUUUUUUGAUUUACAUCCUCCAUUUGCCAAGAUGUUAAUUGCCUUUAUAGGUUACAUUUUGGGUUAUGACGGAAAAUUCAAAUUUGAUGAAAUUGGUAUGAGUUACGAUACCAAUCCGGCUCCAUAUAUUGCUUACCGUUCAUUAAAUGCUAUUAUGGGUACUUUAACUGUGACCUUUAUGUUUAACACUUUGAAAGAAUUGAAUUUCAAAGCAAUUACAUGCGCGUUAGGUGCAUUUUUAGUGGCUGUGGAUAACGCUCAUGUUACAGAAACCAGAUUAAUCUUAUUAGAUGCAACUUUGAUUUUUUCUAUUGCAAGUUCAAUCUAUUGUUUUGUUCGUUUUUACAAAGAACAACUAAGGGAAGCUUUCACUAAAGCUUGGUUCUUGUGGUUGUAUUUAACCGGUAUUUCUUUAUCAUUUGUUACUUCCACUAAAUACGUCGGUAUUCUAACCUUUGCCACAAUAGGUAUUGCUAUAGUUUUUAAUUUAUGGCAGUUGUUUGAUAUUAAAGCUGGUUUAACUUUAAAGGAAUUUUCAAAACACUUUUUGAUUAGACUACACGCUUUGAUUGUUGUUCCAUUUAUUAUCUACUUGUUUUGGUUUUAUGUUCAUUUCUCAAUAUUAACAAAAUCCGGCCCAGGUGAUGAAUUCAUGAGCCCAGAAUUCCAAGAAACUCUAGGCGAAUCUCCAUUAGCAAGGGAUUCAAGGGAUUUGAACUAUUUUGAUGUCAUUACUCUUAAACAUUUAAGUACGGAUGCGUUUUUACAUUCCCACUUAGCUAAUUACCCAUUACGUUAUGAGGAUGGUCGUAUCUCGUCACAAGGUCAACAAGUUACUGGUUAUAGUUUUGAAGAUGUAAACAAUGAGUGGGAGGUCGUCCCAACAAAGGAACUACCAGCUAAACUGGGUCAACCAGUUGCAUUUAACGAUGUAAUUAGACUAAGACAUAUUGCCACUAACACAUAUUUGUUGGGACACGAUGUUGCUUCUCCAUUGUAUCCUACCAAUGAGGAAAUUACCACCGUUCCUCCAGAAAGCGCUAAUGGCGAGAAUUUCCAAGAGACUUUGUUCCGGUUAGAACCAUUGAAUAAAAAUGAAGAAGGUACUCCUAUCAGAACAAAAGCAUCAAGAUUUAGAGUUAUUCACGUAGACACUAACGUUGCCUUAUGGACACAUAACGAUGUUUUAUUACCUGAUUGGGGUUUCGACCAACAGGAAGUCAAUGGAAAUAAAAAAAUCACAGAUCCUGAAAAUACUUGGUUCUUUGAUCAAAUAAUCAACAUACCACCUGAAAGAGAUGUUUCGAUUAAAAAGACUAUAAAGCCAAUGAACUUUUUCCGUAAAUGGUGGGAAGCCCAAACUAAAAUGUUCUACCAUAACAACCACUUAACUUCAGAGCAUCCAUUUGCCUCUGAUCCACAAUCAUGGCCAGGUUCUUUGUCGGGUGUUUCAUUCUGGAAUAAAGAUCAAGAAAGGAAACAAAUUUACUUCAUUGGUAAUAUCAUUGGCUGGUGGGCCGAAAUUGCUACAUUGUCUUUGUUCUGUGGUAUUGUUCUCGCAGAUGUCCUCACCAGACGCCGUUCAGUUUAUACUCUGGGCAAAAUUCCAAGAGCUAGACUUUAUGGUCCAUUAAUGUUUUUAUUCAUUGGCUGGUCCUGCCAUUUUUUGCCAUUUUUUUUGAUGAGUCGUCAAAAGUUUUUACAUCAUUAUUUACCAGCACAUAUGAUUGCUGCUAUGUUUACUGCUGCUUUAAUUGAAUGGGGUUUCACUAAUAAUAAAUCUUUAGAUAGCUCAAAGGAUGAAGAGUUACCAGAGGUACCAUAUGAAGAACACCCAGCAAUCAAAGUGAAAAAGUUGACUUUUGUUUUUGUGAUUUUGGCACUUGCUGUAUUUGCCUUUUUUAUAUAUUUUUCACCUUUAGUUUAUGGUAAUGUUAGCUUAACUCCAGCUGAAGCUAAGGCAAGACAAUGGUUGAACAUUGAAUUACAUUUCACAAAAUAA